GACCGAUCCAACAUGGCGGAGAGUUGGGAGUAUGGUUGAGUUUGUUUUGGCUGGAAGAAACACUGCAAAAAGAAUAACUUAUAGAGCGUAGAAGCCAUGAGGGCCCGGAGUAACUCGAUUGUUCGUCUGGACUGGUAUCACAGUCUUGUUAACCGCACCAUUUUGGAUUUUCAGGACCCAGUAACAGGACUCUUGCCACCCAAAAUAAACUGGGAGACAUACAAAUCAGGAUCCAGUGAUUGUAAGGAUGCUUGGGUGCGGGACAAUGUCUAUAGUAUUCUGGCUGUCUGGGGUCUGUCCCUGGCAUACAACAAGAAUGCUGAUAUGGAUGAGGACAGAGCAAGAGCACAUGAACUUACUCAGGCUGUUGUGAAGUGUAUGAGAGGAUUGUUGCUGUGUAUGAUGAGACAGGUUAACAAGGUUGAGAAGUUCAAGAGAUCACAAGCCAAGGAAGAUGCAUUACAUGCGAAAUACAACUUAAAAACCUGUAGUCCAUGUGUUGGAGACCAUGCAUGGGGACAUCUUCAAAUAGAUGCUACAUCUCUUUAUCUCCUCAUGUUAGCAGAAAUGACUGCUUCAGGUAAAGUACAUAGUCUAUGUGAAAUUGCUGCUUCAGUUUUAAGUGUGAUUAGUUUUCCAGCCUUUGCUGUUGAAGAUGAUGAUCUUGUAAAGGACUGCAGGGAGAAAAUUAUUACUAAACUACAGGGUCACUAUGGCCUGGUUCGUUUCAUCCGAGAUGGCUAUAAGACUCCUCUUGAGGACCCAUUCAGACUUCACUAUGAACCAGCUGAGCUUGAAAUCUUUGAGAACAUUGAGUGUGAAUGGCCAUUAUUUUACUGCUAUCUUUUGUUGGAUGCUUUGUUUAAUGAUGACGACGAGCAGGUGAAAACCUACACUGAUUUACUGGAGCCUCUAUUGGUGAGAGAUAACGCAGGCCUUCCUUUGGUUCCAGAAUUUUUUUAUGUGCCCAGGGACAAGGUUGAUAUUGAGAAAGCUAAUCCCCACAGUGUGGAAAGAAAAUGUGGUGAAAAUGUGCUGCACUUGUGGUCUCACUCACUGUAUGUCCUGGCAUGCUUACUGAAAGAGAACUUUAUCGCUGUUGGAGAGAUUGAUCCUCUGAAUCGGAGACACUCUACUGACAAGAGACCAGAUGUAGUGGUACAAGUGUCCCUUCUUGCUGAAGAUGAGUUGGUCGGAACACAGCUUAGAAACCUUGAUGUUCCUGUGCAAGUCACUCAGAACGUUAAUCCAAUACAAGUCCUUCCAGCUCGCACCCUCAGUUCCAUGUACCAGCAGCUUGGAAAAAAUUCCAAGUUAAAACUGACUGGCAGGCCCAACUAUCACAUUGGAGUCUUAGGGACUAGCAUGUUGUAUAAUGUUGGAAACUCAUACUCCAUUCUAGCCUUUACGCCUCAGAUUCUGGAUUACCACCAGUUUUACCUGGCUCUUGAUAAUGAGUUCCUUGCGGAUCGUAUCAAGUCUCUUGUGGGUUUUCUCGGAGCUAACUGGAGGCGUCUUGGAAGACCGAUUCUUACAAUGAUAAUCACACACUCCAUGCUUGGUAGGUUGGCAAUAGACGUCGUAAAUUGUGUAAUUAAUAGCUUUUGUAUCUCACUGGCCUUAUUUUUGUUACAGAGUCGAUCUGGAAGUCACGCUGGACAUAGUCCUGUUAAGAGAAAGGCGAGUUACAAGGGAAUGGUCAGGAGAAGCCGAAGUAUCUCAGUCUACUGUGAUUCGACUAGUGGCACAUCACCACCAAGCAGGUGGUUCAACUCUACUUCAUUUGACACUGGUGACGGGUCACGCAGGCUUCCUUCACCGACCGGAUCAGUUCCCGGAUGUGACGAAUUUGAAGAUAGAGCAGCCAAUGGGUGGACGCCAGCCAGGUCACGUGCUAUGUCAACGGACAUGGAGACGAGAGAAUAUCUGAAUCAGUUGGAAGAAGCUGCGACUAUCGAUGUACAGGCCGAUAUACUGCAUUUCCUGUACAAUACAAAGGGUCCUGACUUCGACACACAACUGUUUGGUGAACCAGGAAUUACUGUCGCAAAGCUCUUAGGUGAAUUGUACGAGAAGGCUUGCCAGAUUAAAAUGUGGUCUUUAGUCAGGCACACAGCAGGGCUUUUGAAGAAGCGAGUGGAAGAUUUGGCAGAGGCUGCCACGGAUCUGUUAGUUCAUCAGAAACAAUUGACUGUGGGUAUCCCCCAAGGGGGACAUGAAGAAGUCAUCACAAGACCUCUUCCACAAGAGGAGAUGAAGAAUAUCAUUUUCAAUGUGUUUGGUGAAGACAUGAGCACUGGUGUAGUAACACAGGAGCUGCUGGUGUACCUUGGAAUUUUUGUUAGAACUGAACCGUCCCUGUUUAACGAGAUGUUAAGACUUCGUGUUGGUCUGAUUAUAGAAGUUAUGGUGGCUGAACUGGCUAGAUCACUGGAUUGUUCUGGUGAGGACGCGGCUGAAUUCUUCAUGAACUUGAGUCCUUUUGAGAUGAAGACUCUGCUGUAUCACAUCCUCAGUGGUAAAGAGUUGGUUGUUUCCAAUGACAAGCCAUCGCCAGAGAGGCAGAUCUCCAUUAUGAACAUCGAUCUUCCCAAGAGAGUUGGAAUCAGAAGGCUAUCCAGUGCAAUCAGGAAAAUAAGUGCUGCUAAAGCCUUUGCAGGGAGGCACAUGAACAUGAGUGGCAGAGGAUUGCUCCCAUCAUCUGACCGUAAUAACCAGGAAAAUCAGAGAGCCAAAGAAGACGACGAAGAGGACCCUCAUUCAGGAGAUGACCGCCUCGGGCAGUGGAUCAGGAGGAGGUGCCUUGAUGGGGCCCUCAACCGAGCCCCUGAGGAUUUUUACCCCAAAUUCUGGAAGGUUCUCGAAAAGUGCCGAGGUUUGAAAAUUUACAAGCACUAUUUACCGAAUGCCAUGGUACAAGAGAUGACCCCAGGCGAGCUGAAAUUUGCGCUUUGCGUUGAAGCGGCCCUGAAUCGGAUCCCUGAACCUGAGUACCGGCAGCUGGUGGUGGAGAUGUUAAUGGUGUUAUCCCUUGUAGUGGAGUACCACCCUGAACAGACUCUGGGAGACACUAUUGAUGUUGAUGACUUGGUGUGGGAAGGCCACAAUUUAUAUCUGAAAGAUCAGAUGAAUAUCAAAGGUGAUUCUACCACGUGUUGCGCGCGUCCCGCGAACGAGAAAAUCAGCUGUGGUGGAGCGGCGGGAAUCUGUCGAUAUUUUUACGACACUGCGCCGAGUGGAAGAUUUGGUACCAUGACUUACUUUUCAAGAGUUGUUGCUAAACGAGUCAGUCAUCUACCCCACCAGAACGACUGCGUGGUUGCCUAGAAACGCGCCUUUAACUGAAAAUAGAUUUCGUAGAAAGGUUGCAUAGAAACGUAUCUUUAGGCGCAAAAGAACAAAUGUAAAAGUCAUCAGAGGUGAAGUUUUCUGGUCUGAUCUCUCAGAGGUUUCUUGGGGUGGAAUAAGACAAGCGCGCAAAUAGAGAAGAAAAAUGCUUUCAGUAAAUCUUCUGCGAAGUUGGUGGGGACCACGCCAACACUAUAUCUCCACGAGAAGGUCCCUAGGUGGAGCUAAGCUGUAAUGAAUUACUUUAUCAGUUCUGCAAAAAUGCAUGACACGUUUUAGAAGCUGAGUUUUACGAGAUAAGGAAAAUAAUAGUAAGAAAAACUUGAAAUUGUACAAUAGUUAACAUUUUAUCUUAGUAUAAAUGAUAAGUUGUCAUCAUGUUUAGUGAACCUAAGUUAGUUUUCUUGUUUCAUCUUGUGUAUUCCUCGGCUUAAGUUUUCUUUAUCCUUUCAAUCCAAGACCAGAAUUUUAAUUCUCCUAUGUACUCCAUACAUUUCGUUGAAGAUUAGUUCGGAGAAUUUUGCAGUAAAUCAAGACAUCCUCAAGUUGAUGGUUUUGUUUAUUCUGAUCACCCGUGUGCUUCACAUUUUUUUUUUUAUUUGGAGAAAUCAGAUGUUCGCUCUUGGAUUGAAGGGUUUAAUUAAAAAUAUCAAUAAAACAGUCAAGAAAGAAAGGUUCUCUUAUUUUUAGUUGUUGUAUAAAUUGAGCUAGCUAUAUGUAAUUUAUUUUCGCUUUAAAACAUUGUAUAUAAAUUAAGCCACAUGGUGCUAUGAAGUGACAUAAACGUGACGCUGUUGAAGAGUUUUCUAUUAAAUUAUGCUCGCGUGUGACACAAACAGAGUAAAAUAAAGUUCCUAGUUAUGAAGCCAAAA